UUUGAGUAAAUUACCCUGAACUUUGGGUUGCGGUGGAAACGCAGUUACCAGGAACUUUUUUACCCCAAAAAGUUCCUGGUAAUAAAGUUCCUGGGCCUUUUGGUGGGAAAGGGCCUAUUGUUGUUGGUUUUAACUAUGGGUGGUCAACUCUGUUAUUCAUGUCAACUCUGUUAACAUCAAUGUCAACUCUGUUUGUUUAAGGUUUUGCUUUGAAAAAUGAUUAUCAAAUAUGUUUUAUUAUUAACGAACUUAUUAGAAGCUGUGUCCUAACUACCAUUCUUCCUAAAUGAAAUUUCAAAGUAUUUAAUUCAUUUUUACAGGUAUGUUUACAGAAAAUGCACACCCUCACGGCAACAUGUCAGUUAAAUGUGUUGAUAUUUUUACUCCAAAACAAAGUUUUUAUCAGACCAAAAAUUUACUUAAUGGAUUUAGAGACACAGUAUCUCUAAGGAAAAACAGUGUUUUAAAUUGUGUGACAUUUGUUAAUUUUAUGUAUUCUACCCAAUCUGUCUGCAACAGCUUUGACAGAUUUUUCUGCAACUACAUUGUUUUUCAUAUUGAAAAUUUUAAAUGUUACAGGUUUAAGCUCAGCAAAUACUAGAAAAGGUAAAUUUAAAGUGUGUUCUAUGAAAUACAAAAGUUUCAUGAAAAAAAAAAAAAAAAAAAAAUCCAAAUUUUUAUUUUCUGUCUCCAUGUGAAAUGUACCCACAAUUCUGAAAUGAGCCAUAUGUCUUGCAUGCUGAGAAAUCAAACAUAUUGUUUUAGAGAAAAAAUUAGUUGACCCUGAUGUUCACUUUUGCUUGACCAGGCCCAUUAGUAAACUCAGGUUCCAGUUCUGUGUGUUUAGAAAUCAGAAGUAACAAUAGAGAUGAUCAGGCAUCUUCUAUCAUCUUAAAGACUGAAUAGAAAAAGGAAAGCUAGCUCCUCCUAAUGUGUCGUUUUCAUCAUUCAUCAACAACGUUACAGAGUACAAUACAAAGGUUAAGCUCUAAUUUUCAGGUUAUCAACAUUUGUAUUAAAGAUAUAGUCUGAACUAUUAUUAUUUUAUCUGCUUUUACAAAUCUGCUAUUUUUUGUAGAAUUUUUAUACACUCAAAGCAAAUUCUUAACAUGAACCUAUUGUCCAUAGUGUGGUUUAUGCUGAAGUUGACUGGUUUCAGUCUUUAACGCUACAGCCUCAAACCAGACAAACCAGAUUUACGGUUUAAAACAUGUCCACAAUUUAAAGUUGUUUGUUAAUAUCAUUGAUAAAAGUGAAGAAAACCUUUUAGUGUGCAUUCACUCUCUGUGACAUGAGAAUUUAUGCUCUUUAAGUGUGUUACAAGUAUGAAACUCAUGUUAAAAUUCUGCAUUAAACACCAGUAUAAGGAUGCCUGAUGAUGCCAAAAAAUCAGCCAGGCUAAGUUAAACUAGUAGGAACAAGAAACAAUACACAGAACAUACUCCCUAUAUGAAAAUUUAGAACUUGUAAACCCUGAUGAAUUACUCCUCAGCUGUGUCUCCACCAUUCACUGAAUUGUUUGUCCACAUUUUUCAGGCUUUUUUGCAUUACAGGUUAACCAAAAUGGCUCAGGGGAUUCUUGAAGAGGUUCUGAUGAACACCGCACUGGUAGAGGACUUGGCAGAGGUUGCAAAAGAUGAAGCACUUUUGCAGGGUGUCGUAAUGAGAACUCGAGAGACCCCUAACUCAUCAGAGCUGGUGACCUACACUCCACUCACACUGUUCCCCACAUCGGUUCCUAAAGCUGUGUUCCUCCAGGCUCUGGCAGUGCAGACCCACUAUAAUACACUGGUGGAUAGAAUCAGCCAGGAUUCAGACUUUCUGAAAGAGGCUCUUGCGAGCACUAUCGAAGUGGAUGACUUCACUGCAAGGUUGUUCAGGAUCUACCAACAGAUCCUGAAAGAAGGACGGUCUCAGUCCAUUGUGUUGGGUCUUAAUCGGUCUGAUUACAUGCUGGAUCAGAGAGAUGAUGGGACAUCCUCACUGAAACAGAUUGAGAUCAACACCAUCGCUGCUUGUUUUGGGGGUCUAUCCUCACGUACGCCUGAUGUACACCGACACGUUCUAAAGGUGGCUGGUCGAUUGGAGGAGAGCCAGCACAUUCUAGACAACAACCCUGCAGCUGGUCUGGCCCAGGGUAUCGCCAAAGCCUGGGAGCUUUAUGGAUCAGAGAGAGCAGUGAUCGUAUUCUUGGUGGAAGAGAACCCAGAGAUCUUUGAUCACAGAUACGUCGAGAAAGAACUGUGGAAGAGGAAUAUCCGCUCAAUACGAAGACGCUUUGAUGACGUUUCUAGAACUGGGUCACUCGAUCAGGACAAGAGGCUCUUUAUUGAUGGCCUGGAGGUUGCAGUGGUUUACUUCCGGACUGGGUUCAUGCCUCAGAACUACACGACUGAACAGAGCUGGGACGUUCGCCUGAUGAUGGAGUGCUCUCGGGCUGUGAAAUGUCCAGAUAUCAGCACUCAUCUGGCAGGAACCAAGAAAGUCCAGCAGGUCCUGGCCAGGCCUGGUGUUCUGGAGAAGUUCUUCCCUGACCAGCCUCAGGCAGUGGAGCUGAUCCGAGCAACAUUCGCAGGCCUCUACACUUUAGACAUGGGUCCAGAAGGAGACAAGACGGUGGCAAUGGCAUUAGCAGAACCAGACCGAUUUGUCCUGAAGCCUCAACGAGAAGGAGGAGGUAACAACAUCUACGGGUCAGAGAUCUGCCAGGUUCUGGAGGCAGUGAAGGACAGCACAGAGAGGACAGCCUACAUUCUGAUGGAUAAAAUCCACCCUGCCCCCGUUCACAACUACCUGCUGAGACGAGACGCUCCCCUCAAAAUGAGCACCUGCCUCAGUGAGCUGGGAGUGUUCGGAGCAUAUGUCAGACGGGGUGAAGACAUGGUGAUGAAUGAAUGUGUGGGUCACCUGCUGAGGACCAAAAGUUCAGAACACUCAGACGGAGGCGUAGCGGCAGGAGUGGCCGUGCUGGACAAUCCUCUCCUCAUCUGAGAACUUUAACUCCCACUCCAUACUGUUCAACUGCGAAGAAAUGUGAAAUGAAAUCUGCAUUUUAUUCCAUGUAACAUCUGAUGCUGCAGACAAAUCCACACUAACAGAAUGUGGGUCUCACAUGUCAAGACUGAAGCUGUUAGUGAGUCUGCUUACUGACCAUCAAACUCCAUUAACUGGGAGCAGUCGGAUAAAUGUAAUAAUGGGAUCUGACGUGUUUAUUAUCAGGUUUCUUUCAGAGUACUAAGUGAGUAGUAACGGUCGACUUCCUGUUAUUGUCUUUGAGGGUCACGUCUGUCAUCAGCUGUUGACUUCAUGUCUGUUCAGAAAGGCUGCAGUUCUCUGAGGUUUCUUUCACACUGAGCAAAAGGAGACCAAAUCUGAUCCUUUUGCUCAUGUGUCGUGACAGUGGGUCUGUUCACAUGACCAAUAAAAAUCCAAUAACUGGGAAUAAUCAGAUAGUUGUAAGAAUCAAAUCUAACGCGUUUACAUGCACUUAAAAGGGUCAUAUUUUGCUAAACCCACUUUAAUUAGUCUUUGGUUCAUUUAUUUGUGUAUUUGGACCCGAAUAGUUCAUAAAGUCUGAAUUUGAACCCUCCAUGUGCUGCAAAGCGAUCUUUAUAUUCAUUUUGGCAAAAAUUCAGUGGGUUUCUACAACCUGUUUUAAUUCCUGCUUAAUUUGUUACGUCUCGCCAUUCACACAUUAGAGGUUAAGACUUCUGAUGAACAUUUCUCCUGUACGACAUAACUGUUUGUCAGCAGCAGCGGUUGUAGUCCAUACUGAAAAUAUGUCCAAACUUUGAGCUGAUUACCUAAAAUGUUCGGUUGC